AUGUCUUGCUUCAUUGUUUCCGGAACUGCUGCUGACACAGCUUCUGAUGCUGACUGCAGUAGCCCUGCUCCCUCUUUUCAGGAUGAAUCAUCUCCUCGCACACUCAACAUCCCCGAAAAUCGGUAUGAUGAGGUCCCCGACACCGAGGAAUCUCUCGUUGAACGUCCCUCACUCGCAGUUAAAGCCCUUCGUGCAAGACAAUUCUUGAGGAGAAUUCAAGCUGCUCACGGUGCUGAUAAAGGCUUCUCCUUGGGCGACUGGGAGGAGGCCAAGCUCCGGCACAGUCUUCUGCGCAUGAUGACCAACCUGUAUGAAGACCGCGAAGGAGAGAAAGAGUAUCCUACUGAGUGGGAAGACGAGACCAUCUUCAGAUCUUUCUACGAGAAAACUGUCUCAGCCUGGGUGGAAGAUCUUCCGGACGACGAAAAGGCCUGCACUGAAAGACUAGCUGACAUCUUAGAUGAAGAAUUCACCAUCGAUGUUGAUUAUGAAGUGGGUUGGGAGAAGCAUGAGAGUCGAUUGGAUCAGUGCCUUCAUAGUGUUGAGCCUAUCCCUGAGGAAGACCAAGGACUCGAACAAUUGAAGCUAGAGGAAUGGGCGUGUUACAAGUGCUCACGACGCCAUGCUGACAAGGUGUUAUUCUUCCUGGGCUAUAAAGACUAUGGUCCCAUGGCACAGUAUUUUGAGUGA